AAGAGGAGCAGAAGGAGUAGGGAAAGGAGGAAAAGGAGAUUGAGGAGUAGGGAAAGGAGGAAGAGGAGCAGAAGGAGUAGGGAAAGGAGGAAAAGGAGCUGGAGGAGUAGGGAAAGGAAGAAGAGGAGCAAAAGGAGUAGGGAAAGGAGGAAAAGGAGAUGGAGGAGUAGGGAAAGGAAGAAGAGGAGCUGGAGGAGUAGGGAAAGGAAGAAGAGGAGCAGAAGGAGUAGGGAAAGGAGGAAGAGGAGCUGGAGGAGUAGGGAAAGGANAAGGAGAUGGAGGAGUAGAGAAAGGAAGAAGAGGAGUAGAAGGAGUAGGAAAAGGAGGAAAAGGAGAUGGAGGAGUAGGGAAAGGAAGAAG